AAGAUUUCAAAUUUUUUUUUAGUAUAUAAUAAAGUAAAUGAAUUUUUCUACUUUAUAUAUUAAUUCUUCAACAUGUCAAAAUUAUCGUUCCUUUUGUUUCUUGCUCUUUUUGGAUUAGCAUUUGCAAAUCCAUUGCUUCAUUUUGAUGAAUCAAAAUUAAGUGGUCGUAUCGUCGGUGGGCUUACCGCAAAAAAAGGACAAUUUCCUUAUCAAGUGUCCCUACAAAGUUUUGGUAACUUUCAUUAUUGUGGAGGUUCCAUUCUAAAUGAAAAGUGGAUUUUAACAGCAGCUCACUGCAUAUUAAGUGAAAGUAUCAAUGUUGUUGUUGGAGCUACUGAUCUUUCUAAUCAAGAAACAAAUACUACUGUAAAACAUAAAAUCAGUAAUAUUAUUGUACAUCCUAAAUAUAAUAAAAAUGGUCAAUAUCACAAUGAUAUAGCCUUAAUCAAAAUUAAGGAAACAAUAAAAUUUUCCAACAAUGUACAACCAAUUAAAUUACCUCCAUUUGAUUUGAAUUAUGAAAGUAUACCUGUUAUUGCUUCUGGCUGGGGACGAUUACAAGCAGGUGGUGAACGACCAAAAAAAUUGCAAUAUUUAGAAAGUGAAAUUUAUGAUCAUGAAGAUUGCGUAAAACUUUUAUCUGAAAUUACAUUUCCUUCUAUAAUAGAUACACAAAUUUGCACUUUUACAAAAAAAGGACAAGGAUUGUGCCAUGGUGAUUCUGGUAGUCCAAUUGUUCUUGCUAAUUUUCAAAUUGGAAUCGCUUCACUUGCAUAUCCAUGUGCCUUAGGAUAUCCGGAUGUAAGCACUCAUGUUUGGAAAUUUGUUGAUUGGAUAAUAUCUACAAUGGAGAAUAAUUAAAUAUUUUAUUAAAUAAAUUAAAUUAAUUAAUUAUUUUUUAUAAUAUUCAGUCUUGUUUUUUUUUACUUUUUGAAUAAAAAAAUUUUUCUAUUA